GUCAUAGUUUAUCAUUUAUUUAUUUUAUAACCCUGCAUCACAUAAAGUACUUUCGCUUAUAAUAACAACAACCUCCACAAGUAGGUUAUUAAAUCUUCAAAGUUGCUAUUGAAAUUUCCAAUCCUUCGAUCGUUUCUACCUUUUGGGAAAGUUAAACAACAGUCACGGGAAAUUUUUCCGCCAAACAAAACAUUGCCGGGGUACAUUCGACAUGAAACUUAAGGGCAUGAUCGUCAGGCCUUAGGUGAAUUUGGGUGCCCCGUGCAAGGUGUUAAAUUUAAUGGUGGGGCAUUUGAACACCAAUCAUAGACCCCGCGAGAGAGGAAAAUUUUAACCAAACCCGCGGAGAGGAUGUUGAAGUCUCAAAUAGCUUUGCUAUCUCAUGGACUGUGAGCUAGAAGACUUUUACCGUCAAACAUGUCCAGACAGAUAGUAAAAUCUUCUUAAUGUGGCUUUCACGCUAUAACUGCCCACGGUUGAAAACCCCAGAAAAUGGACAAAGCUAGAAUACUCGCCCAAAGUGCAAUUUGUCGUGUACGGCUUGAUAAGCCAUGGCAUUAAGCAUUUCUUUUAGCAAGGGCUAAACUAGAUGCCUUCGCUCGCUGAUCUUAGUCCUCAGCGAAUUCCGAAAACGCUGCGAGCAGCUUCUUGACUGUAUUCUGAAAACCUUUUUGCAUAUCAAAACUUUUCCGAGAGAAAUCAGUACGAAUUGUUGUAAAUUCACUGCUUAACGAUGUAAUAUAUUCUCAUUUCAGUAAAGUUAUCGCAAAAUUUCGUCAGGGAUCUCUACAAAGCUACACGUAGUUUUGUGAAAUCUUAGCUUCGAAUACAUUUUCCUCCCAAAAAUAUAACUGAACGGAUGGAACCACCUGUAGGCUAAUUGAACGAAUAUAGGAAAGAAGGAAGCAAGGAAGUAAACGGACUCCACAAGAAAAAAGGAACGAACACAAGAAACGCUCAAACUUGCUAAGACUCUGAAUGGUAAAAACACAAUGUAAAAGCCUGCAAUGCAGGCGUAUUUUGGCGCAUUUUGAACGGGCCAGCGCCAUUUUGGAUUCAAAACUGAAAGGAGAAGGAUUGAGGAGAGAGGAAGAACGCGUCGUGAGGUUGAAGAAGAAGGAGAAGAGAAUGAAACAGGAUUUGUUCGGGAUUCGUCAUUGGCUUGUGGUUUUGCCUUUAUAAGAGUUGUUGCUAAAAUUACGUGCCCAUGACUUUCUCUAAGUUUGCGUCACCUUGAUUCGCGCCAAGGUAUCCUUUCGUGUGGUCAGCCCUCCAUCAAAACCGGAAUAAGCACUUGUUUUAAGUUAUUUUUGUCGGCCCUUAAAGUCUUUUGGUUAACCUGUUAUGCAUAAAAAAAUAGCCCCGAGCGGUGAUGUUGGACUGCUUAUGUUUAUUAAGUCCACUUAAUUAUCGUUGAAACUGAGAUUAAUUUGCCUUCGCUGUAUGAUCGUUACGUUCCUCGACAGUGAUUGGUCAACGGACUAGACCAUUUAUUCAUUCUUGACACCAUUCUGAAUACGAUAAUUUCUCAAAGUCACGAUUCGCAAUCACAACCUUUUUUUAAGAUUUCUGCAAUGUUUUUGAAUUCGUUUUCCUGUAAAUGUAUGUCGACGUUUUGUACAAUGUCGUGUAGUGAUUUAUGUUCAAAUUUUUUCUUUUCCAGCUAUGAAUCAAGUGCAAAUUAAACUCGAAUCCCUCCGAUGUGGUUUUCAUGGAUUUCUCUAAAAUUAACACCAAACAGAAGUAAUGAAAUUGGGCGAAUAUUGUUACCCUCGAAAGCGCUUCAAAAACGAAUGGAAUAGAUUUCACUCUGAAUGCAAAUUACGCAUCAUAUUUUGAGCGCAUAUCUCGUUCAAAAACUGAUUUACGAUCUUUUUAUUGAGGAAAAACCCAAAUAGAAUAUUUUAAUCAUUAAAUGGCGAGAGGCAAUGAAGUCCUUUGUUUGUCACCAGUUAGAGAUCUGACGCAUGUUUUGUGGGCGAAUAAAUUUUUCCGUGAUUCAUCCUUUCAUUUUGAUCCACUUUAAGAAGUUUGCCGACAUUAUAAUUUGGAAUAAAAACGUCAGUUUAAUCUCAAUAUUGAAAACUCUAUAACCAAUAUCUACCGUCAUACCGAGCCAGUUGAUAUUUACUUCUGAAAUUCAUCUUAAUAACUUCCAUGUAUUCAUUUUGCGGUGACCAUUUUUUCCGUUUAUCGCACCUAAGGUUGGUCUCGAAAUGAACCCAUGGCCUAACUAUCAAAUCCGGAGGAAAUUCCCAUUUGUCAAAGGGAGGAACGCGGCCCGGAAGGAUGGCUUGAACUCUGUUUUUCCACCAGUUAAAUUAUUUUAGGCAGUAAAGAAAAAAUUAAUUGACUUUCAUUUCUGUUCUAAAGAAGUUCACCCAUUGAUUUCUUGGCAUUUCAGCGGGGAUUCAAAAUCAUUUUCGUAAUGCUCUCCGCGGGAGUCUAUCCAGGUAUUUCUUCUUGAGCAUUCAGACAAAACAUUAGAUAUUGUACAACACAGUCAUCGCCCAGUAUCAUCGUGUUUUCUAAUACCCCUUUCACACAAUCCGUGCGCUCCAGUGAGAUACGCACGACCCUAAUAUAAAUAUUCAAUUUUAUUGCAAAGAUACAUCAACCAGCUGCCCGAAAGCAAUUCACUACUUUACAACAUUUCAAAUUCCCAGGUGAUCAAUUCUGUGGAAAAUGCUAAGCUCGCAGGAUCUCCUAGCUGUUUUCCUCAUCUCUCUUUGCAUGGGAAGCGCGCGGACGAAGAAACAAUCAUGUCCGUUUGUGACGGAAAACAACAAAUGCUGCAAGCUGCCAUUUAAGUUCAACAACCGAAACUACACUGAGUGUACCGCAGACGGGACAGUGGAAGACUGGAGCAAGCAAUGGCGUCAUCCAUGGUGUUUCCCCGAAGACGGCAGCAGCAUUAAGUAUCCCUGCCGGCGGACCAGUUACAGCUGUGGCGGAAUUCGCACGCAAGUGGCCGGAGUUAUCUCUUCUUCAAACUUUCCUCGUGAUUACAAAAGUAAUACUACUUGUGUCUGGAAGAUAUCUGUUAACACGGCAAAUCAGAUCACGUUAAAUUUCACCGACUUUGAGUUAGAAAAUAGCAGCAGAUGUGAGCGUGCGUACGUGCAGGUUUACGAUGGUCCAAACACUACUGACCCAUCCCUCGGGACAUUCUGUGGCAGUGAGAUUCCCCCAGGGGUAAGGUCAAGCGGAAAUCAUAUGUUGGUUGUGUUCCAGGCGUAUCGUGGAAAUAACUUCAAAGGUUUUCGCGCUUAUUAUGAUUCUGGAGACUGCAGAGUUCGUUCGUACGGAGGCAAUGGCGAUGGGGCCUGCUGUGUUUUCCCUUUCAUUUACAAAGGAAAGCUGUAUCACGAGUGUACUGAAGAGGACGCUGACAAAGAUGCAUGGAGCGACCGGUGGUGUUCUGUGACGGCCAAUUAUGACCGAGAUAGGAAGAGAGGACAUUGCGUCUCAGAGACUGUCUCCUGUGGUCCAAACAAGUUUGAAUGCAAGAAUUAUCACUGGUGGAAGCAAUGCCUUGAAGACAAACACCGUUGCGAUGGCUUAUCACACUGUGCCGAUCAAUCUGACGAAACAGAUUGUCCUCCAAUGAUUAAUCCUGAUGAAUGCAGAGUCCUUCAUAAAGUGACAAUACCAAGCAAGGAAAAACCGAUUGGCUUUCUCCUGAAUAGAAAGUGUUUUUACGAAGACCGCUGUGGAAGGAAAACAAACAAUACUCAAGGCAAUAGAUUUAUCUGUUAUUGGUAUUUUCAUAUUCAUGAUCUCCUUGUAAGACAUUCGAUAUAUACUAGUUUUUCAACGCUUUUUGUUAUACCGUGGAAUAUCCCACGAGUCAUUUCCCUAGUUCUGGAUAAGCCUUGCAACUUUAGUAACUGGUUCAAGUGUUCCAACAAAUUGUGUGUCCCGGAUUACUGGCGAUGUGACGGCAAAGAUGACUGUGGGGACAGGAGCGAUGAACUUAACGGCUGUUCUUACACCGUACAAGCUUGCAGCUGGACCAGCCACUGUGUUACAGGAGGCUGGGAAGCCUCUCUUGGCGAUGAGCGACCGCUUAAGGUGGAGUCCCCUGCAAUAUGUUUAAGGAAAGACCUCACGGGCAUACCAACUUAUCUGCCUGUCAAGAUCACAAAGUUGGUUAUAAAAGAUGCAAAGAUAACAGAUAUUGAGAGGUUUAGCUUUGCAAGAUACAAAAGUCUUGAGGAAAUCGACCUGAGGGAUAAUCUUAUUAGAAGUAUACAACCUGGUUCUUUCGUUCAUCUAAAACAGCUUGAAAUUUUGAAACUUCAACGAAACAAGCUGAGAGUGCUACAGUCUGGAACAUUUCAGGGGUUAAUUUCACUUUCUGAAUUGAAUCUCAUUGGUAACCCAAUUGAAGAGAUAGAAGAAGAGGCAUUCAGCGGACUGAAACAGUUAACCAAGCUGGAUUUGAGUAACAUGACGCUGAGUACUAUCUCGUCCGGAGCCUUUCGCGGAAUGGAUUCGUUAACAGAACUUUACCUGAACAACAACAAACAUUUGCAGCAGUUACCACUGGAUAUUUUCGACAACAUUCCACUUACUUAUCUGGCGACCGACAAGUUUGAGUUUUGCUGCAUUGCAAAGUUAUCUGGUACAAACUGUUCCGCUCCUACAGAUCUGUUUUCGUCCUGCAAUGAUCUCAUGGCCAACCUCACAUUAUACGUGUGCAUUUGGAUUCUAGGAAGCAUUGCGUUGGUAGGAAACGCCUUCGUCUUAAUGUGGCGACUAAAAACAAAAAGCGACAACAAGGUUCAUUCACUGCUGUUGCUAAACCUGGCCAUCGCGGACUUCUUGAUGGGGAUUUAUCUCAUCAUCAUAGCUGGCGUCGACGUGUUUUACCGUGGAAGGUACUUCAUAUACAACGACAGCUGGAAACACAGCCCGCUGUGCCAGUUCAGCGGUUUCGUGUCCACCAUCUCUAGCGAGGCAUCUGUGUUCAUUUUGACGAUCAUGACUGUAGAUCGUUACGUCACCAUUGUUCAUCCAUUUAAACACAUCGGUCUAAGCGUGCGCGGUACUUACGUCGCGUUAUUCGUAACAUGGUUCGUUGCUUUCAUUCUAGCAGGAGUACCUCUCAUUGGAAUUGAUUACUUCAAAGAGUUUUACGCUCGUUCUGGAGUCUGUCUACCUCUCCAGUUAACGUCAAACAAACCGACUGGCUGGGAAUACUCCGUGUUUUUGUUCCUAGGGCUGAACUUUGCCUCAUUCAUGCUGAUUUUCUUUCUCUACCUAGUAAUGUUUUUUAAGAUUCAGAAAACUCGGCAAAAGAGUGGCGCGGGCAGUGCAGUGGCUUCUAUUGGAAGUAGAAUGGUGUUUAUCGUACUCACAGACUUUUCUUGUUGGAUUCCUAUCAUAAUCAUCGGCAUUGCUUCGUUGCUGGGCAUGGAGGCCAGUCCUACAGUGUACGCUUGGAUUGCCGUUUUUGUUCUACCUUUGAACUCGGCGUUAAACCCGAUCCUUUACACGAUAUCCACCGCCAAUUUUCGUAGGAAACUUCGCGGCAGUGUUCGGAGUUAUAGUCGGAAAAGCCGAGCGAUGGGUAUAACCGAACAAUCAUCAAUCGAGUCCAAGUCUACGACGACCUCGCAUUCACGAAGCACGGGAUCGGCCAAUGGUAAAUCAAAACUAUUGAAUGGCGCAACGAGAGAAUCUGACGUAUAAUUGGCAAGCUACGGGGUAUAACGCCGAAGAAACUUCGAAAGUAGGGCAGAAAAGAAGGGACAAUGUUACUAGAGGAGAAUACGGCGAAGGAAAGGCAAUCGGUUAACAGUUACGGAAGACGAAAAUUCAACAUCGACUGAGCUGGAGUGAAUGCGAUAUUUGUUACCGCCAGGACCGGACAGCAAAAAAAUUAUGCAAAGUUGCGAUCGGUUAUCGAGUCCACGCCUGCGGUGGCCCUGAAUUAUGUCGACGAUGACGAGAUGCAAUUAACGUAGGUUGCAAACGUGAUGUGACUGAUGUUUCCGAGGUUUGGUACUGAUGCAUUAAAUAACCGGCUUUCGCUGUGGUAGAACUGUAUGGAAAAAAUUAGUACUGCUAACCUAGAGAUAAUGCUUAGCCAGUAUAGAACGUCAAAGAUACUAAACAUUAUUAUUAAUGAAAACCGCGCUUGAUGCAAAAAAAAUACUUGAAGGAUAAUAAACACAAUGACCUCCA